UCCGUCGACAGUCCAUUCGUCAUUUGCAUUUUCGAUCGCUGAUACGACACCCGGAUACACACUCGCAUCGAUCGCUGAUUAAUCAGCCCGCGUCGUCGUCAGAGUGGUCGCCGGCUCAUUCUUGGAAAGUCGCUUCUGGAUCUCAGAAAUAUCCAGGGGUGGGUUUCCAAGGAGACAUGUAACCGGCCGUCGAACCCGAAGGAGGACUCGAAGGGUCGCGGCGACGGAUGUGCGAAGGACUCGUCGCGCUUGGGCGGCCAGCCGGCUGGAGAGGAUGUGAUUGGGGAUCGUGGGCAACGUUCAGGUGAACCCGUCGACGGCGAACAUGCGAUCGAGAGUGAAUCUAGUCGCGUUUCUGUUGACACUGUGCUGCGUCGCACGGCUGCUGGAAACGUCCAAAACCGCGAGCAGGCAGCAAGCUCAGAGAGGAGACCCGGGCAAGGAUGUCCUCAGGGAUCACGCGGCCGUCGCGAAGAAGCUGCUCAAGGGGGCGCAGAGCAAGCCGGCGGCGACGAGCGCCGUCUCGCUGCUGGUGCACGACAAAACCAGAACUGCGAACGCGCUGACGAAGAACAGGGACCUGCCGCUGUCGAAGGACAUCUUGGACGAAGGUCGCCGCCGGAAGAAGCGGAAAAUGGACCGCACGAUGUUAGCUCUGCUGAUGGCGUACAAGAUGAAGUUCGUCGCGCUGGUGCCGACGCUGGUCGGCGGUCUGGUCUUAUUGAAAGCCACCGCGCUCCUCGCGGGAUUCUUCUUCGCGCUGUUCGCCGCGGUCCUCGGGCUGAAAGUGCGCUGACACAGACACUCCCCGGAAAUCAGCGCGGCGCGUCGCGGGGGCGGCAGCGCCGGAUCUCAAAACGCAAGACUAAAUCGUAUCGUUUCGUUCCGUAACAGCCGGCGUACUCGACGUGUCAACGAAUAAAAUGGAAAUAUAAUAAACGAAAAACAUUAUUCUCCCGAUCGGCGCGACUCGUCCAGCGAUCGAGAGGCGUUUCCAUGGCCAACAGUCGCGGGACGCGCUGUUACGAGACAAGUUUGUAUAAUAUUAGCGUGUACUGUUAGGGAAACCGACG